AUGAAUUUCGCUGUCACAGACGAGCACUCGGUAGUAGUCUCGCGAUAUGUGACGUCGAAGACUGAAGAGGCUGCGUCGCUGCAUUUUUCUAGCGGCACUCGAUUCUUCGAGUAUGAGCCGGGCCAAUAUCGCAUGGAACGUCGUGAUAGAGGCCAAAAUAUUGUCAUGAUUGCAUCGGAACCUCUGACUUUUGAGAGGUCCGACUGGAUAACCAUCCCAACCAAUACAGUAGUGACGGUGCUAGAUCAGACUGUGCUCAUGCAUCCAAUUAUAGACGAGUACUAUCAAUCUGACCCAGCACUUCCUCGAAGCAGUGGACUGGCCGAAAGCAAAGGUCUUGUUUCACCCGUGGUGGUCAAUCCUUCAGCCACUACCUCACCAGGAGUACCACCGCUCGAGCGCGAGGGUCGUCGCAGAGAUGUCGCUACUGCUUAG